GGGCCUCGGCCUAAAAUGGCGGACCCGGCAGAGUGCAACAUCAAAGUGAUGUGUCGCUUCAGGCCCCUCAACGACUCCGAGGUGACGAGGGGCGACAAGUACAUCGCCAAGUUCCAGGGCGAGGACACCGUCGUCAUCGCGUCCAAGCCCUAUGUAUUUGAUCAUGUAUUCCAGUCUCACACGUCACAGGAGCAAGUAUAUAAUGAUUGUGCAAAAAAGAUUGUCAAAGAUGUACUGGAGGGAUAUAAUGGUACAAUAUUUGCUUAUGGACAAACAUCAUCUGGGAAGACACAUACUAUGGAGGGGAAACUACAUGAUCCAGAUGGAAUGGGGAUAAUUCCAAGGAUAGUGCAAGAUAUAUUUAAUUAUAUUUAUUCCAUGGAUGAAAAUUUGGAAUUUCACAUUAAGGUGUCAUAUUUUGAAAUUUACCUGGAUAAAAUAAGGGACCUUUUGGAUGUCUCCAAGACCAAUCUUUCUGUUCAUGAGGACAAAAACAGGGUACCUUAUGUGAAGGGCUGCACUGAACGUUUUGUGUGUAGUCCAGAUGAAGUUAUGGAUACAAUAGAUGAAGGAAAAUCUAACAGACAUGUAGCAGUUACAAACAUGAACGAACACAGUUCUCGAAGUCAUAGCAUCUUUCUCAUCAAUGUAAAACAAGAAAAUACUCAAACGGAACAGAAAUUAAGUGGAAAGCUUUACCUUGUAGACUUGGCAGGUAGCGAAAAGGUUAGUAAAACAGGAGCAGAAGGGGCUGUGCUGGAUGAAGCUAAGAACAUCAACAAGUCUUUGUCAGCGCUUGGCAACGUCAUUUCUGCUUUAGCCGAAAACAGUUCAUAUGUUCCAUACCGUGAUAGCAAGAUGACCCGAAUCCUUCAAGAUUCACUAGGUGGCAACUGUAGAACAACAAUUGUUAUUUGUUGCUCUCCAUCAUCUUACAAUGAAUCUGAAACGAAAUCUACACUGCUGUUUGGUCAAAGAGCCAAGACUAUCAAGAACACAGUUUGUGUCAAUGUAGAGCUGACUGCAGAGCAAUGGAAGAAAAAAUAUGAGAAAGAAAAGGAGAGAAAUAAGACAUUGCGCAACACCAUACAGUGGCUUGAAAAUGAGCUCAAUAGAUGGCGCAAUGGUGAGACUGUACCUAUUGAUGAGCAGUUUGACAAGGAGAAAGCCAACUUGGAAGCAUUUGCUGUGGAUAAGGAUGUUACUAUUACUAAUGAUACUCCAACUGCUACUAUUGGAGUGGUAGGCAGUUUUACUGAUGCUGAAAGGAGAAAGUGUGAAGAAGAAAUUGCUAAAUUAUACAAACAACUAGAUGACAAGGAUGAAGAAAUUAAUCAGCAGAGCCAGUUGGUUGAAAAGCUGAAAACACAGAUGUUGGACCAGGAAGAGCUUCUAGCAUCAACUAGGCGGGACCAAGACAACAUGCAAGCUGAACUGAAUCGCCUCCAGGCUGAAAAUGAUGCUUCUAAAGAAGAGGUGAAAGAGGUGCUCCAGGCCCUUGAGGAACUUGCUGUCAACUACGACCAGAAGUCUCAGGAAGUGGAGGACAAGGCGAAGGAAUAUGAGCUGCUUAGUGAUGAACUUAAUCAGAAAUCGGUUACAUUAGCCAGUAUAGAUACAGAACUUCAGAAACUUAAGGAAAUGACCAAUCACCAGAAAAAGCGGGCUACAGAAAUGAUGGCAUCCUUACUGAAAGAUCUUGCAGAAAUAGGAAUUGCUGUGGGGAAUAAUGACGUGAAGCAACCAGAAGGAACUGGCAUGAUAGAUGAAGAAUUCACAGUUGCAAGACUCUACAUCAGUAAAAUGAAGUCUGAAGUGAAAACCAUGGUAAAGCGAUGCAAGCAGUUAGAAAGUACUCAAACAGAAAGCAAUAAGAAAAUGGAAGAAAACGAGAAAGAGCUAGCAGCCUGUCAGCUUCGUAUCUCACAGCAUGAAGCCAAGAUCAAGUCGCUUACAGAGUAUCUUCAGAAUGUGGAACAGAAGAAAAGGCAGCUUGAAGAGUCUGUGGAUUCCCUUAAUGAUGAGCUCGUCGAGCUUCGAGCACAAAAAAAAGUCCAUGAAAUGGAGAAGGAGCACUUGAACAAAGUUCAAACUGCAAAUGAAGUCAAGGCAUCUGUUGAGCAGCAGAUUCAGAGCCACCGUGAGACUCAUCAAAAGCAGAUCAGCAGCCUGAGAGAUGAAGUUGAGGCAAAGGAGAAACUAAUCACUGAACUGCAAGAUCAAAAUCAGAAGAUGAUGCUUGAGCAGGAAAGACUCAGAAUUGAGCAUGAUAAGCUGAAAGCUACAGAUCAAGAGAAAAGCAGGAAGCUGCAUGAACUUACGGUUAUGCAAGAUAGGAGAGAACAAGCAAGGCAAGACUUGAAAGGUUUGGAAGAGACGGUGGCCAAAGAACUUCAGACCCUGCACAAUCUGAGGAAGCUGUUUGUUCAAGAUUUGGCCACCAGAGUUAAGAAGAGUGCCGAGAUUGACUCAGAUGACACCGGGGGCAGCGCUGCACAAAAGCAAAAGAUCUCUUUUCUUGAAAAUAAUCUUGAGCAGCUCACAAAAGUCCACAAACAGCUGGUGCGUGAUAAUGCGGAUCUUCGUUGUGAGCUUCCAAAACUGGAGAAACGGCUUAGAGCUACAGCUGAGAGAGUUAAAGCUUUGGAGUCUGCACUGAAGGAAGCCAAAGAAAAUGCAUCUCGUGAUCGCAAGCGAUAUCAGCAAGAAGUUGAUCGUAUUAAGGAAGCCGUCAGAUCGAAGAAUAUGAUCAGAAAGGCUCAUUCUGCACAGAUUGCUAAGCCUAUCCGCCCUGGCCAGCAUCCAGCAGCUUCUCCUACUCAUCCAAGUGCAAUUCGCGGGGGAGGUGCUUUUACACAGAACAGCCAGCCAGUUGCCCUGCGUGGAGGUGGAGGACGGCAGGAUAAAGUGUAACAUCUACAUCAUAAAGAUGCUGAAAGGUACAUGCAGCAUGGAGAAAAUUGGUAUUGUGCAGCGAGAGUCAUUCCGUGACAGUGAUCUCUAUAUCUGUCUCUUAACGGGGAAUUGUAGGAUUGUUUUUUGGGAAAAUUGUAUAAAUUUAUACUGGUCUGUACAGCUCUCCUCAUUCUACAGAUUCGGCUGAUUCCCAAUGAAAUUAUGGAGAAAAUUUGUCCCUCUUGGAAAAUUGACUUGUAACUUUAAAAUGUAUCUCUUUCCAUUACACAAUCCUGUCUUUCACGUCUUAAACUUAGUCCGCACUGUGCCAAGUUGAAUGUAUGUUAAGCAACAUCCUAGUUUAAAAAAAACUUCCUAGCUUAAUUUGUGUAUAUUUUAUGGUCUUAGGGAAUGUGGAACAAUGUUAAAGUAUGUUUUUAAUUUUUACCACUAUUAAAUAACACUAUUUGGCCCAAUCUUGAGUUAGAGCAGCACUGUACAUUAAGUUUGCCCACAUGGCGGUAUAGAGCAUAAGACUGAAAUUAUUUGUACAGUAUGCAGUUACUGAGAUGUGCUUAUGAUGACUGCCCUAAAGGCACUGAAGUCUCCAACGUGGAACUAAAAUCUUCUGUUCUAAUGAG